GCCGACUCUCUCCUGUGAUCCAUUCAAUCUAGACGCAAGUUUGAACACCUCAAGAGGACAAGAAAUCUUCUGGAUAACUUCUGCUUCCCGCGUCACAUUUCUUCAGAAGCGACGAUAUGGCUGGUUUGUCUCCUCUUGACAAGAGAGGUGGUGACCCGACGAUGAUCGGUCUGUGGAAGCUAGGGAGGGAGAUAGGACGUGGUGCAUCAGAAUCCCUAGGACGUGUAAGAAUUGCACGACACUCCAAAACGGGUCAAUACGCAGCGGUCAAGAUUGUCUCUAAACAAUUCAUCGUUUCUUCCCGCAUGUCCUUGCGCGACCUCGGCGACGAUGCAGAUCGCGUUCUCAGAGAUCUCGAACGCGAAAUCGUCGUCAUGAAACUUAUCGAGCACCCUAACAUCAUGCGACUCCACGACGUUUGGGAAACGUCCUCGGAUCUCUAUCUCAUCCUCGAAUACGUCGAAGGCGGCGAACUUUUUGAUUAUCUGUGCGAAAAGGGAAAACUUCCUACUAUAGAGGCCUCUAGACUCUUCCAGCAAAUUAUCUCCGCUAUGCACUACUGCCACCAGGUGAACAUCGCCCAUCGCGACUUAAAACCCGAGAACAUCCUGCUCGAUAAAGACAAGAAUAUCAAAGUGGCUGACUUCGGUAUGGCGGCUGCUUGGCACGGACAAGCGCAAUUACUCCAAACUGCAUGUGGAAGUCCUCACUAUGCCGCUCCGGAGGUCAUCAACCAACUUGCUUACGACGGCUCACUUGCUGAUAUCUGGUCUUGCGGUGUCAUUCUCUUCGCUUUGGUUGCAGGACGCUUGCCGUUCAACGAUGAAGACAGUGGACAGGUUUUGGAAGCAGUUCGGGCUGGCAAAUACGAAAUGCCCACAAACAUCGAUCCUGGCGCUCAAGACCUCAUUUCUAAGAUGCUUGUCUACGAUCCCACCAAGCGUAUCUCCAUGACGGACAUCCUUCAACACCCAUUCUGUACACGUGACCCUCCGACGAAGAGUCUCGCCUGUUCCGGUCCUCAGCUUGACUUCCCGGCGGGUCCCAUUAUCGACAUCGACGCUGUCAUCUUCGCAAACAUUGUUGCUCUAUGGCCCCAUGUUGAGGCUAAGACUCUCAACGCGAACCUCACUUGCAAAGGAACCACUUGGGAGAAAGGCAUUUAUCACUUGCUAUUGCAGUAUCGCGUCAAGCACCUUGAGGAAUAUGACGAAGAGGAAGAGCAACGUUUCAUAGAAAGACGUAAAUCUAAGAAGCAAGCUCGGAAAGCUCGAAGGGUCCGUGCUGAAGAAACCCAGUCUUUCGACUUCUUGGAUCUUCCGCCAAGGGAGGGACCACCGACACCUAGAAGAGCUGCUCAAGGAGGACGUGAGACUCCGGCAACAUCUGAACCUAGGAUGAUGCAACCUGUAUCGCACUCCAGUCCAGGAAUGAUGGAAGCGCCUCAGUCUUCUGCUCAAUCAUCGUCGAAGGUUGGUCCACAGAGCCAAAACCUCUCGUUGAAUAUUCCGGACGUUCAAGAUGCACAACUCCAACAAUUUUUGAAACAAGUCGCCGACACUCUAAAUGUCAUACAACAAACGCCUAAAACUCCAUUCGAUCCCCGUUCGCCAGCUUCUACUGCUCGCUCUCCUCGUACGCCUCUCACUUUAGACCUUGGACAACCUUUCCACGGCAAGGAGACUUUUGGUGGACUCUUGCCUUCUCGCAACGUCAAUACCACUCGCCCGCUUAGUAUCCGUCGACCCGCGGACAAGGAGAACGACAACUCAUUCCUCUCUGCAGAGCAUGCGUACACCUCACGCUAUGAAGAUGACGAGACACCUACUCGAAAGUCAUCAUUGCGUACUAAGAACAGCACUAGCCCUAAUUCAAGGCCAGGUAGACGAGUCCAGAUCGCUGAGCCCACUAAACUACGUAGACGCAAUAGCCCCUUCGGAUCGCCUGCAUCGUCUGUGUUCUCAGCAGAAGGCGGCUCCUUUGCCUCUCGCUCCGCGCCCAAACGUAGCUGGCUGGGCAAUAUCUUCGGAUUUCGUCCAGCGACUUAUCAGAUGGUCUCAACCGAAGAUUCCCACGUUACUCGACAGGAAUGCAAAAUCAUCCUGGAGGAAAUGGGGCUCAGUGUGAUCUUGACGCAAGCCGAGGGAAUGGGAAUCCUGAAGUGCAAGCUGGAGGAGUCGCGAGAUCCAAACGGAGUGAUGGUCCCUGUCAAGGCGGUCAAAUUCCGCGUCGAAGUGCAUAGGCCGACGACGCUUCAGGCUAUCGCAGGGUACAAGGCGGCAUUGUGCAUAGUCAUGGAGAAAGGUGCACAGUCUAGCUUUAGGUUGGUAUAUAAUAGGUUCAGACGGGAGUGGAAUUUGGAUACACCGUCGAAUGGGUACACGGGGGCAACGGGAAGAGUUAGUCGGGAUUCGAGUCCCAUUUUUCCGGAAGAUGAGCGAUUUGUAGAGGUGGCUUUCGAAGGUUAGAUUUCGGACUCGAUCAAAUGAGCCGCCUGUAAUAUUAGGGUUAGUCUUUGGGUCGUUGCUUACAUUUAUUAGAUCUAUUUUAGUACAUACUUUAUAAUGCGGACAUUCGAUUAUUGGAUGAUUGGAAAACGACCGCGUAUGAGUCUACGGUGCAGCGCCCAUAGUGGUUGUUGUGGAUGAAAAACGAGUCAUCGGCUCAAGCAAGAGAGGUGCCUCCGAGUCGUCCAUGUCCAUAUCUUGUGCCUGGGUCUCGGUUGAUUUCUUCUCCUCAAUCAACAAUGGAUGUUUUCCCGG